AUGAAUCGUCCGAAUCAACCUUACCAAGCUGCAUCUAAUAAGACCCCAGAUAAAAGGCGGCGACACCGCCAGAGAAAGAGUGAAAGUGAAAAAGAGUUUCACGGUUCCGCAAAUGUGGUGAACGCAUGGCCAAGUACUGAUCAUUGCGUCGUGCAGUUCAUUCACCCAAAAUCUUACGCCUUAAACUUUUCCACUGCAGCAAGAAAUUUUGGCACUGUUAAAAACUCUGUAGCAUUUCCGUAUGGAAACAGACAUAUUACCAAAAUUGAAAUGCAAAAUUCUGCGGAAGCUCAAUCAUUAUGGAGAAAAUAUACAACUGAACCAUUAUCCGGGGUUGUGGCUUCACCGGACAAUAUUAAGAAACUGAAAAACAACAGGAAACCUUACUUUGAAGAUCAUUUGCCCCACUCUGAAUUAGAAGCUGGGAUCACAACAGGAGAACUUAUAAAAGGAACUCUAAGAGUAAACGCGAAAAAGUUCUCACAUGCAUUUAUUGCUGAUAAAGAGGGUCAUGAUAUACUAAUGGAUGGAUUUAAAGAUAGGAAUCGAGCUUUGAAUGGAGAUGUUGUGGCAGUUCGUAUUAAAGAUAAGAAAGACUGGAUUAUUGGAGUGUCGGAUUUAGCGGAGCAGUUAGGUGCUGUGUCAGUGGGUGAUUCAAAAGCAGAUCAGGCGUCACCUAAUGUUAGUUCACCAACUGUGGGCAAGUUUAACAAAACAAGAAAAACAGGAGUUGUUGUUGGAAUUGUUGAAAAGAAGAGUCGGCAAGUUGUCACAGGGCAUCUGAGGUUGGAUAAAGCGAAGCCUAAUGACAAAUUUAUCACUCUGGAAACUGUGUCCAAAAACAACCAAAACCUUCAGAUUCCUCGUGAAGAAGUGAUGAAAGAAAAGGCCAAGCAAGAUAUUUCAAAUGUUUUGGAAUUGUGUCAAAGCAUUGGAGAAAUUGGUCAAAUUGAACCCGAGACGACUCGUAUUCUUAUCGACCAUGAAGUUGAUUUCUCCGAGUUCUCAGAUGCAGUGAACCAAUGUUUGCCAUCCGAUCUACCAUGGACCAUUCCACAGGCAGAGCGAGCUAAAAGAAGAGACUUUACAUCAGAAUGCAUUUUCUCCAUUGAUCCACCUUCAGCAAGAGAUUUAGAUGAUGCUUUACAUUGCAAACAAUUGCCCAACGGUACUUACGAGAUUGGUGUCCAUAUUGCUGAUGUUAGUUACUUUGUCCAUCCCGGCAUCGCCCUUGACAAAAUUUUAUCUCAAUGGUUUGGCCGUAGUGUAAUUCGUUCAUGCGCGAAGUUCAGUUACGACCACGCACAAUCGUUCAUCGACAAUCCUGACAGAGAUUUCUCACAACCUGAGUCGGCUUGUCAGGAAAAUGAAUUUCCUGAAAUUACCGGAAACUUUUCUAUGAAUGAAAUCAAGACAAAAGUUCUUGGCUUAUUCAAGGUCAGUCAAAAUCUCCGCAAGCAAAGAAUAGACAACGGGGCAUUAAGACUUGAUCAAGUACGUCUGUCUUACACACUCAACAGUGAGACAGGGCUGCCUAAUGGUUGUUACACUUAUGAAUACAAGAAAAGCAAUGAAUUGAUUGAAGAGUUUAUGUUGUUGGCAAAUAUGGCUGUUGCACACAAACUAUAUACAAGUAUUCCAACGCAUGCUUUCUUGCGAUCACAUUCAGAACCAAAAGAAGAAAUGAUGCAGGAUUUUGUGAGCACUUGCAUGGCACUUGGUCUUGAGGUUGAUGCAAGCUCUUCAGAGGCUUUGGCUAUAUGCAAACCCGAAUUUGAAUUUUUCCGAACUAGUUCAACAACUCAUAUUGUUGUGUGGUCCAUGUAUUCUAGAUUUGGUCGCUGUUUAUUGAAAUCUCAAAAUAUGAAUCGUCCGAAUCAACCUUACCAAGCUGCAUCUAAUAAGACUCCAGAUAAAAGGCGGCGACACCGCCAGAGAAAGAGUGAAAGUGAAAAAGAGUUUCACGGUUCCGCAAAUGUGGUGAACGCAUGGCCAAGUACUGAUCAUUGCGUCGUGCAGUUCAUUCACCCAAAAUCUUACGCCUUAAACUUUUCCACUGCAGCAAGAAAUUUUGGCACUGUUAAAAACUCUGUAGCAUUUCCGUAUGGAAACAGACAUAUUACCAAAAUUGAAAUGCAAAAUUCUGCGGAAGCUCAAUCAUUAUGGAGAAAAUAUACAACUGAACCAUUAUCCGGGGUUGUGGCUUCACCGGACACUAAUAAGAAACUGAAAAACAACUGGAAACCUUACUUUGAAGAUCAUUUGCCCCACUCUGAAUUAGAAGCUGGGAUCGCAACAGGAGAACUUAUAAAAGGAACUCUAAGAGUAAACGCGAAAAAGUUCUCACAUGCAUUUAUCGCUGAUAAAGAGGGUCAUGAUAUACUAAUGGAUGGAUUUAAAGAUAGGAAUCGAGCUUUGAAUGGAGAUGUUGUGGCAGUUCGUAUUAAAGAUAAGAAAGACUGGAUUAUUGGAGUGUCAGAUUUAGCGGAGCAGUUAGGUGCUGUGUCAGUGGGUGAUUCAAAAGCAGAUCAGACGUCACCUAAUGUUAGUUCACCAACUGUGGGAAAGUUUAACAAAACAAGAAAAACAGGAGUUGUUGUUGGAAUUGUUGAAAAGAAGAGUCGGCAAGUUGUCACUGGGCAUCUGAGGUUGGAUAAAGCGAAGCCAAAUGACAAAUUUAUCACUCUGGAAACUGUGUCCAAAAACAACCAAAACCUUCAGAUUCCUCGUGAAGAAGUGAUGAAAGAAAAGGCCAAGCAAGAUAUUUCAAAUGUCUUGUUUGUUGGAAAAAUCUUGAAAUGGGAACCCCAUUCACCAUUGCCACUGGGGGAAUUGUGUCAAAGCAUUGGAGAAAUUGGUCAAAUUGAACCCGAGACGACUCGUAUUCUUAUCGACCAUGAAGUUGAUUUCUCUGAGUUCUCAAAUGCAGUGAACCAAUGUUUGCCAUCCGAUCUACCAUGGACCAUUCCACAGGCAGAGCGAGCUAAAAGAAGAGACUUUACAUCAGAAUGCAUUUUCUCCAUUGAUCCACCUUCAGCAAGAGAUUUAGAUGAUGCUUUACAUUGCAAACAAUUGCCCAACGGUACUUACGAGAUUGGUGUCCAUAUUGCUGAUGUUAGUUACUUUGUCCAUCCUGGCACUGCCCUUGACAAAGUUGCCAGCGAGCGAUGUACGUCUGUAUACCUUGUACAACGUGUUAUACCAAUGCUGCCACGUCUACUAUGCGAGGAACUAUGCAGUUUGAACCCGGGAACUGAACGACUAGCGUUUUCUGUGGUGUGGAACAUCACUGAGCAGGGAAAAAUUUUAUCUCAAUGGUUUGGCCGUAGUGUAAUUCGUUCAUGCGCGAAGUUCAGUUACGACCACGCACAAUCGUUCAUCGACAAUCCUGACAGAGAUUUCUCACAACCAGAGUCGGCUUGUCAGGAAAAUGAAUUUCCUGAAAUUACUGGAAACUUUUCUAUGAAUGAAAUCAAGACAAAAGUUCUUGGCUUAUUCAAGGUCAGUCAAAAUCUCCGCAAGCAAAGAAUAGACAACGGGGCAUUAAGACUUGAUCAAGUACGCCUGUCUUACACACUCAACAGUGAGACAGGGCUGCCUAAUGGUUGUUACACUUAUGAAUACAAGAAAAGCAAUGAAUUGAUUGAAGAGUUUAUGUUGUUGGCAAAUAUGGCUGUUGCACACAAACUAUAUACAAGCAUACCAACGCAUGCUUUCUUGCGAUCGCAUUCAGAACCAAAAGAAGAAAUGAUGCAGGAUUUUGUGAGCACUUGCAUGGCGCUUGGUCUUGAGGUUGAUGCAAGCUCUUCAGAAGCUCUGGCUGAGUCGUUAAGAACAGCACCUGGUGCAGAUGAACUUGCCAAGUAUAGAAAGCAAGCGUUGUUCUUGCUCGCUAUUAAACCACAACAGCUUGCCACUUACAUAUGUGCUGGAUCAGUAAGCGAUGAAUCUAAAUAUCAUCACUAUGCGCUCAAUGUACCUCUCUACACCCACUUCACUUCACCUAUUCGUAGAUACGCUGACUUGGUUGUCCACAGGCAGCUAGCAGCAGUUAUUGGUGAACAAUCAGAUGAACAGAUGAUGAAUUUAUCGACAGAUGAACUACAAGCACAAGCCACUCUAUGCAAUCAUAGGAAGAGCAAUGCUAAACAAGCUCAAGAACUAAGCAUUGAUCUAUUCUUUAACCUGCUGGUCAAUAACUUCGGUCCCCUUGAAAGCAGAGGUAUGGUGAUGAAUGUGUUGGAUCGUGCUGUGGAUAUUCUCUCAACUGAAUAUGGAGUCACCAAACGUGUUUAUUUAGAGGAACUUCCUUUAAUUUCCCACAAGUGCGAAGAAAAGUUGGUACCUGGAAGCAAUGUGAGAAUUUACACUCAGAAGUUAAAAUGGCCUUUGGAAGGACAUGAUGUUCCAGAACCUCAGCAUGGUUCCAAACCUGUAGAAUUUGAUGCUUCAACCCCUGGUAUUGUUCAAACUCUUGAAACAUUUUCGGUUGUUGAUUUUAUACUGGAGAAAAAAGAGCCUGUGUCUGCAACCUCUAUUCGGGCCACUUUAAAAAGAUUAACAACUCAAGAAGAUACCAAGGUGGAGUCUAAGAUUUAAUUUUCUUUAUUGGUCUUUUCCUUUUUGUAAACAAAUUUCACGGUGCAUUUACUGUCUUUAACUACGUUUUAAACAAAACUACUGCAAAGCAGUUUUCUCACUGUCAGCAUUUUAAUAUGUUGUGUCUAUCUUUUAAGUUAAGUUGGUAAGCGUUAAUUGUUUUGUGCUUCAAUAAAUUCAUGUACAAAGAGCA